AUGGACUCCUUCGACACCCUCCUCACCGCCUUCGUCGACGGCUCCCUCGACGGAGAGACCGCCAUCGAGCAUCUCAUCCUCGCCGCUGCGAGCAACUCUACCAUUUCCUCCCAUGGAGGAGUUUCCCCCACCCACGGCGCGUCCAGCGUGACACAACACCUAUCCGCGCAUGGAUCCCCCAACGACGGUUCCCCCCUCCCCGUCAACGCCGACACAAUAGAGGACUACGGGAGCUACUGCACCAUCGCGUGA